ACAAACUAUAAUUUGAAUUUGUGUCGAUACUAUAUUUUCUACGUAGCUCUACUUUCUUAAAGAUUAAAAUAAAUUGUAUGAAGAAGGAAAAUGUCGGUUACAUUACACACUGACGUAGGAGAUAUAAAAAUUGAGUUAUUUUGUGAACAAUGCCCUAAAGCAUGUGAAAAUUUUCUAGCACUUUGUGCUAGUGAUUAUUACAAUGGGUGCUUGUUUCAUAGAAACAUCAAGGGUUUCAUAGUUCAAACAGGAGACCCAACUGGUACAGGGAAAGGGGGAAAUUCAAUAUGGGGUAAAAAAUUUGAUGAUGAGUUUCGAGAAGAAUUAAAGCACAAUUCAAGGGGAAUAGUCAGCUUGGCCAACAAUGGCCCUAACACAAAUGGAAGUCAAUUUUUCUUUACAUAUGGAGAACAACCACAUCUGGAUUUGAAAUAUACCAUUUUUGGAAGAAUAAUUGAUGGAUUUGAGGCUCUUGACGAUUUGGAGAAGUUAGCUGUUAAUCCAAAAACAUUCAAACCCUUAACAGAAGUCAGGAUUACGUCUGUCACAAUUCAUGCAAACCCAUUAGCUGGAUAAUAAAAAUAUGAGUCAAUGAAAACAUGUGUUGA